AUGGGAAACGCGAAAUCUUCAGAUUCUGUUUCAAAAAAGUCGAGUAGAAGAAAAUCGAAUACAACCCCAAGUACAAGCACCAGCGGACGACCUUCGAUUUCAUCUCAAGGAAACAAAAAACCGUUGCUGACGUCAAAUCAUCGGCAAAUAAUCAAGUAUUGUAUCGAUAACUCCAAAGACGAUAUUGGCGAUCGCAUAAUUAGAAGAGCGUCUGAAAAACGCGAUGAUUUUCGUCAGUUCAUUGACAAUUUAAACAAAACUCAGCGUCACGAAAAUGCGCAGUAUCUUAAAAAGUUUUUGAACGGCAUUUGCGAAAACCUAACGGAUAUUGAUGAAAUAAAUAGGUUAUCGGAAGAGUUUGGUUGUAACCAUGUACAAUUUCGUGCAAAUGGUUUCAAACCCGAUUUCUUUUCAUGCACCGCAGAUGCGGUCACAACUGAGUGCACAUUUUUGGAUCAAGCAACACAUCCCACGAGCGAAACUGCGUCGGCGUGGUCUUUACUGACCUCUCACGUCUUUUCGGCUGUACGAGACGGAUAUUACGCGGAGCUUAGGCGGCAAAGAAAAAAUAGUAGCGCGCUUCGUACUAGAGUAUCAGUCGAUGUUGUUUCGACAGGAACGGAUGAUGGUGCGAGCGUUUCGAGCGCUAAUAGAAGAUCAACUUCUCCGCAAGACGAUUUUGGGGACAGCGUUGAAAAUGCAGAAGAACGAUCAUCAGUUGAAGGAUCGGGAAAUUUUCUUGCACCGCCUACAGUUUAUUAA